AUGGAGUAUGUCGAGAAGAACGUUGAAAAAGCAAUGAAUAUUUUAAGAUGUACUUCUAAAGUUAAGUAUGGAUCCCACCCAAGCAUUGGGUUAAUGAUGUACCGGGCCCUUAUUCUCGCACGCAUUGAUUAUGGGUCGAUAGUCUACGGCAGUGCAGCCAAAUCCCACCUAAAAAAACUUGAAACGGUCCAACACAGGGCAAUAAGGCUUUGCCUUGGGGCAUUAGGAUCUUCCCCUACUAAUUCCCUCAAGGUAGAGGCCAAUACGGAACCGCUGCAUCUAAGAAGGAAUCGACUAACAACAAAAUUCCUAGCUACUCGAAUGCACGAUCCCAACCAUCCUGUAGUUACGGGACUGGAUGCUUUGGCGGUCACUGCCCUUAGUGAUCCUCACAAAUCCCCUAGAGUCACGCCACCUUUACUUGAAACUCAUAUGAAAAUGAAAAGCAUCUCUCUGGGAAAAAUCAUCCGCUCGUCAAACACGAAACUCCACUGGCUUAUUCCACUCUUCGCACCUAAGGUUAUAACGUGCCUACAGGAAUUGAAAGGUGAACAGGACUACAUUAAGGUCUGUUUUGAGACUGGUAAAAGCCCGCUGGCUACGGUAGUCUAUACAGAUGGCUCAAAAUCCCAGUGUGGGGUGGGGGCCGCAAUACUUAAUAUAAAUAAUGACUAUUCCAGACAGUUUAAACUCCCACCUCUGUGUACGAUCUUCUCCGCUGAAGCUAUAGCCAUAAGGGAAGCUAUCAAAUACAUUAAACAAACAAAACCAGCCAAGACCAUAAUUUGUUCGGACAGCCUUAGUGUUCUGACCGCCCUGAAGAAAACAGAUACUCCUGAAGAUCCCAUUAUUCUAGAGAUCAAAAACAUUUUGUUAGCCGGCGGAAGCGGUAUAACUACUCAUCUUCUCUGGGUCAAAGGCCAUAACAACAACCGAUUUAACCAGCGGGUUGAUGCAUUGGCAAAAGCGGCUGCUCUAUCGGGAAACGACAUCAAAGAGAUCUCAGCCGGGGACAUUGUAUCGCAUAAUAGGGUCUUAUUACGCAAGAAAUGGCAAAGCGAGUACGAACAAUCAUCCAAAAGCAAAGGCAUCUGGUACUCUGCCGCCCAACCAAACAUCCAGUCUAAACCGUGGUUUUCAAAUGUUAAAAGAAAUAGGAAAUUCUUUACCACUAUAUGUAGACUGAGGUUCAACCACAAUAAACUCCCAUCACACCUGCAUAAGAUAGGAAUUACGCAAACAAGCAAAUGCUCGUGCGACGGUACCACAACGGCGGAUGCAAACCACAUCAUACUGGGAUGCCCACUGAAGACUACCGGAAGAGAACAUAUUUUUAUGGCGCUAAAGAAAUAUAAAAUCCCACUCCCCACUACGGUACUCAUUGAUAGUAUGAAUUCCUAUGCCUCAGAAGAGCUCAGGACGUAUCAGCGGUUUAGCAAACUCCUUGCAAUGGCAUCCGUGUUGCCCUCUACUCCCAGGUGUCCACAGGACCCAGAAUAG